AUAAUCAACGUUCAAUAAUAUCGUUUGCUUUAAAUUGACCAGAAUAGACGAAUAGUUGAAUCAGAAUAGACUAAUAGUUGAAGCCCAUCAUUCGUUGAAGACAAACCAUCAUUUCUGGUGCAUUAAUAAAUCUGAUUCGUGCUCUCGAAAAAGAGUCAGCUAAAUAUUAUUAUAAGAAUUCAUAAUUUACCAUAAAUAUCUUGAAUUAUUUUUUUUGUAAAAUGUUCAAAGCUCAAAUCCAUCAAGCUCACUCACGGUUUUAUGGCAUGAAGUUUCUUCUCGUCAUCGCCGUUGUCUUGCUAGGGCUCUCAGCGUUGAUGUUCCAACACCGUUAUACAGAACCCGCUUCUGGCGUUCGACAGGAGAACCUCAGCUUGCAAGAAAAUCAGUUAAUUCAUCCUGCAUCGUUACAGAAAUUGCAACAUAAGAUUGGCAUCCUAGAACGUCGUCUGGCCCGCAUGUCGCACGCCAUCGAGAAACUUUGGUGCACCACGCAGGACGUGAUGAGCAACGGCGGAUUCUGCGUCACGGCGGAAAGAAUCUACACGGGCGGCAACAUAAUCUUCGAACCCGAGCUUUGCUACUUCGUGGAGGAGUUGGUGGGCAACGCCUCGGUGGCGGACUUCGGCGCGGGACUCGGCAAGUACGGCAUGUGCUUGCUGCGUAAGAACCAAACUGAUUUCCGUCUCGACGAAAAACAAAAGAAGCAAUACAACGAUGACAUGAAGUCAACCCUCAAGAGCCUCAAAGACAAGCCUCAGGUUGUGGCUUCUUGGCAUGGUUUCGACGGGGGCUUCGCCAUCGAGGAGGUGAGCGGCGGCUUCAUCGCGCACGCCGACCUCAGCGAGGAGGGCCUCUGGCUCGGCAGGAAGUGGGAUUGGGUGAUGAGCAUCGAGGUUGGGGAGCACAUCCCGAGCAACAGCGAGGCUUUCUUCCUCGACAACCUUGCACGCCACGCCUGUGCAGGGAUCGUGCUGACAUGGGCAGUGGAGGGCCAGGGUGGUCAUCAUCACGUCAACAACCACAACAACGACUACAUCAAGCAGAAGAUGCUGGACCGAGGCUUCGUCUCGGACGAAGAGGCGGAGAAGCGUAUGAAGGGACGUUUAACAGGUUACUUGGCCAACACGUCCAUGGUCUUCCGGCGCAAGAACCCCACGUCUUGCCUCAAUGAGUGAAAAGUUUACUGUUUGUUGCUUACGAUUGUUUUCGAAAUUCCUGUCGCCUUACUGAACAAGCGGUAAAAUAAGUUGCCACCUCACAGCAUAAACGUGUCUGCAAGACUAUCGACUUCGAUCAAACAAAGUGAAUAAAACUGAUUAAUAAAUAUGAGUUUGAGAAAUAUGAAACUUUAUUGAACGCCCGAUUUGAAUUAAAGGAUUCAAGCAAUGUAAGAUUGGCAACCAUAUUACUGCAAGACAUAACUUCACGUACGUCUUAACCAAGUUAACUAGAACGUCUCAUGCGUACCUGUGAAGCGCACUGGCUUGUCAGCCUGCAGAGCUAUUGCUAGAUACUAAUACGUAGUUCGUAUAUCGUAUUAGGUAAUUAGUGUUCACGAGGAUUAGUUGUAUUACUAUUAUCUUAGUGCAUUGUAAUGCGAUCAUUCCUAUGCUUUUUUUGUGUGAUUUUGUUAUUCUUUCAGUUCAGAGUGGAGUCACACUUCUCUUUAAUUUAUUUCGUCUUGCUUACGAUGGGAGGUGUCUCGGUAAUAUAUUCUUCAAUAAUUAUUCCUAAAUAAAAUUAUAGAGUGCU